CGCUGGGCUGCAUGUUUGUGUAGAACGGCGCAGGAUGACGUCACCCGAAGAGGUGACACCGAAACAGUCGACCCCAAACGACCGCCGCCCCUUCACCUCGGUUAUUUCUUACAGAUGUGCAUCGGAUAGGAGUCCCGAUGGAGCGUGUGUUGGGUUCGCUUGGCUCAUGUCUCUGUUAAGGCGGAGCUUGGUUGAUUUCCGAUUACACAGCUGUCACCCAGGAGCACAUAAGUGUCCGGAGCGAUCAGUGGCGCUCGCGCUGAGAGGACCAGCUACAGCUGACUGAGAAGAACCUCGUUCCCUCUCAUUCGCCUGCUAUUACUAGAGACUGUGUGUGUGUGUGUGUGUGUGUGUGUGUGUAGUGUAGUCCGGCUGGGGUGUUGCGAUGCCAGGGCGCGCGUGGAUUUCCAAGACAGUGAGAAAUUAAUCCACGUUUGGGGAGAGGAGACCAUGUGGAAAUGCGGAGGGAUGUGGCGAGCACGCGCUGGAACAUGGUUUUGAGAAGAGACGAUCCGAAGCAGUUUUACAUGGAGUUAACACCACUGCUGUUUUACUUAGGCGCCGUGGUUUUGAGACAAGUCAGGUGUAAUUCAUUUUGCUUUCACGAGACCUUAAAAUUGGUGGAGUUGCUCCAGAAGGAUUUCCCCACAACGGAGUAUGAUUCCAGGUUGUACACGCCAACGCUAAGCAAUUAUGAGACGCUUCAAGGUGUUGUCUUCUCGCUCCAGCAGAACUGUUCCAGAUCCACAAUGGAGUGCUUUGGAGAAGAGAUGAAUGUACUUCUUCAAGAGACCCAAAAAACGAAAUUUUUACCCAUACAAAAGUUACCCAAAAGGCUUAAUAGUCUCAAAGAUCGGCUUAAAGACAAGGUGGAUGCUUGCCCAAAGUGUGAGAUCUACAAAGAAGAAGAUGCUAAAAAGUUUCUAGCCACUUUGCUUCGUAUUUUGCAAUUGAUGUGUUCAAAAAUAAAUAACACCACAACGACAUCUUAAUCUUAAAGGAGCAUGUUUUAAAUAAGCUAUGGACACAGGAAAAACAUGUGCCUGAGUGGAAGCCCAUGUGCUGUUAUGGCUAAUCCGCCCCACAGAUCAACACUUUAUGUGUUCCUCUGUUCAUCACAGAUGGACCAUUUUUCUCUGACACACUGUUUCUGCCCCAGAACUCCUUUUGGUUUUGCUCAGUGGAUGGUUCUUGUUUUUACACAUUUUGUAUAAACUCUAGAAACUGUUGAUAACAAAUGUAAAUCGAUCAAAAUGUUUAAACGAUGCCAUCCGGCACCAAUACCAACACCGCUGCCAUAGUCAAAAAUCACUAAAUGCAGAUGUUUUAUGUGACAAUUUACUGAAGCUUUUAUGCUGUAUCUGUAUGAUUUUAUGUAUAGUGCUGCUGCCACCUGAUUAGUCUGUUGCAAAAAUGCAUGCAGUCUAGAUGUUUCCAUUAAAGUCGCUGGUGAGUGGUUUUCUCCCCCCCCCAGAUUUGCACAGUAUUUUUUAUUUCAUAUAAUAUAAAAUGUAUUUUAAAUUCACGCUUGAUAUAUAAUUUGCUUUGCUGGGAAACUACCUCUGGGCAAUAUAAACACGAUUCUAAUAUAAACACAUUUAUAUUUUAAAAGGGUUUUAGGAAGGAUAACAUUCAGGAAUUGCAGGCACCAACCACAGGUGAAAAGAAUCCUCCUUUUAUGUAAUCAGUUUGGGAUUGCAAUGUCAGUUUCAGUGUUUAAAAAAUUCGGACAUUUUACCUGUUGAUUAAAUGUUUCUAAACAUUAAAAUCUAUGUAAUUAAUGGUUUGUUGCAUAGUACUUACAGUAAAAGCAAUAUUUUCUUAUGAUAUUUAUUUGUUGUGUGUUUUAUAAACAAUAAAGUUUUUGCUUCGUUUUAUAAAUAAA